CACUUGCGCGUCUGCUGCCGACUGGUCAUCGUCUGCUUGAGGCGUUCGCUAACGUAUCGGACUAACUGCGGAUAUUCCGCGGGUGUAACACCCGCUCGUUCGUUUUCCUUCGCCAGUGAAGUGCACGAAACGUGGCGAGACCUCGAUGCCGCUCACUCGGCAACGUUUAUGAAUUUCGGUGCUUGGUGCGCGCGCGGUCAUAAAAGAUGGAUGUCGGUGUUAAGCACGUGGAAGAAUGGAUGGAUAAUUUGAACAAUUUGAUACUUGGACUCAAACAGGGAUCGGACCCUCGCGCAGCUACAUGCCGCGGGAAGCUACAGUACCGCCGUUCCAAGAUCAACCACGAGAUCACCAAACAGAUGAUGAUGCGCAAUGGGGCAGAGAAGCUCUUCAAAGCCACUACCAACAAGAAGUUGCGGGAGACAGUCGCAUUGGAGCUGAGUUUUCUGAAUUCCAACCUUCAAUUGCUCAAGGAGCAGCUGGCUGAACUCAACAGCUCUGUUCAGAUCUACCAAAGCGAAAACCAAUCUCAUCUUGUGCCAAUGAUUCCUUUGGGUUUGAAGGAAACAAAAGAUAUUGACUUUCAAGAACCUUUCAAGGAUUUUAUCAUGGAGCACUACAGUGAAGACAGCAUGGCCUAUGAUAGUGCCAUUCAGGAGUUCAUGGAUGUAAGACAGGCUGCAAGAACACCCACGAGGGACCAAGCAGGUGUGCAACUGCUUUUCGAGUACUACAACUUGCUAUACUUUGUGGACAGACGUUUUUUCCCUCCAAGCCGCAGCAUGGGCAUUUUCUUUGAGUGGUUUGACUCCCUCACAGGAGUUCCUAGCACGCAGAAGACAGCUGCCUUUGAGAAAGCCAGUGUUCUCUUCAACAUUGCAGCCCUCUAUACACAAAUAGGUGCCAAGCAAGAUCGUAGCAAGAGCUCAGGAAUCGACUCUGCAGUGGAUAGCUUCUUGAGGGCUGCAGGCAUGUUCUGCUAUAUUAGAGAAAACUUCAGUAAGCCUCCAAGCAUGGACCUAAGUAGCGACACUCUGGAAUCACUCACACACAUCAUGCUGGCUCAAGCACGAGAGUGCCUCUUUGAAAAGCUUAUCCUUAGUAAUGUUGAGAAGCAAGGAAUCUCAACAUGCAUAGAGGUUGGCCAGGAGGCAGCAGAGGUUGCAGAAGUCUACACACAGUUGCACAAACUCAUGUCCACACCACCAGUAAAGGAUUAUGUUCCAUAUUCAUGGAUCAGCCUCAUUUUAGUGAAAGCUGAGCACUACAAGGCAUUAGCUCACUACUACAUUGCAGUGGGCUUGUUAGACCAUUCCAGUGACAUCGAUGAAUCUGUGCGAAGAUCCCUGGAAUUUCUCCAUGUGCAUGACCAGACCAACAGCACUUGCAUUGACAUCAGAGUACCCGAGACAGCCGAGGAUAAACGACAACUAGGCAAAGCUCAUCUGCGAGAAGCACUCCUCCUGCACGAAGAAGCGUUGCGACUUCAUCGCAUGUGCAGGCAGUUGCGGCAAGUGGACAACUUGCUCAGGAGGUUAAGAGCAGACCACGACAUUGCACUCCAACGUUAUGCUGAUCUGGAGCAAGAAGAUGACUUUCAAGAAGUUCUCGACCCACCUAAAAUUCAAGCAUCAACAAAGUACCAGUUAACGUUGACAUCACCAGACUUCACACAGUACAAGGUGAAGGAUCUCUUCCAUGGCCUAGGCCCCAUUAGCAUCUUCUCUGCAAGGCACCAUUGGUCAGCAGCUAGGGCAGUACAUCUCACAAAGAAAGGUCAAGAGAGCUUUGGAUUCAGUGUUCGUGGGGACUCCCCGGUAAUUGUGGCUGGUGUGGAGCCUUGCAGCUUGGCAGAGUUGGCUGGAGUAAAGGAAGGCGACUUCAUAGUAGCCAUUGGUAAGACAGACACGAAAUGGUCAACGCACGAUGAAGUGGUGCAGCUGAUACGGGAAGCAGGCCACGAGCUCACAGUAAGAGUCAUCACUCCUAUGGACCGAACCUACCUUCGUCAGAGUCCGGCAUCAUCCACAAGUUCCUCGUCGUCAUCUUCUGGCGUAAGCAGUUCUGGAAGUUCGAGCCGGCUGCAAAGUCCAAAUGGCUCAAUUGCAAGCAAUAAGAGCAAAGAUGGACACAAGAGGCUAACGUGGAACUUCUUCCGUCGUGGAACGUCAAAAGAGCGCCCCAGUGCAACGUACGAUGCAAAUGUUUUGCUACGUUGAGAUACUGGGACUUGUGAAUUGCUACGUCCAAUGUGCAAUGACUAUUGUGCCUUAACAGUGAACUGCAGUAGAUGUGACAUUCCUCUGUGCUUUCUCCUGCAAACGUACUGACACAGCAUCCCACAUGGAAUUCCUGCACUACAACCAAAUCUUGCAUGUGUCGGUGCACAAACCCUGCAUAUGGAAGCAUCCUCGGCAUACAACGAGGACAAAUUGGGACAAAGGAUGCAGGGCAGUUAUGCAACAAUUUGUGCAUGACUGAAUUGCGGUGACAUGGAAGAUCGUGUUGAUUCUGUGAAGAGAGUGUAAACACCACGUAUUACUACUAUUUUCGUAAAAUACUCUAACGAUGUAUAUUGUUCAUUGUUGUAGGACUGAUACAUGCAUUGUUGCAUCAAAAUUCACUUCAAGUAGUUCGGUCAAGUGGAAGCAGACAAUACCUGGUUAUUCAUGAGUUCAAUUGGGAUGACUGAAAUAGUAGCAUGUAUUAUAAAGCUACAAACAUGUGUCCAGUAGUAUUAAAGUGUAAAAUAUAUGUACAGCAGAUGUUGACUUUCUCAAUUAUAACAAGUAUGACAGAUGUUUGUGUAACACACCUUGUACAUCGUACACGUUUUUUUUACUGCCUUUCUGUCAACUGAUGGUGCAUGGCACCCUGUCUUUGGAAUUAUUGUGACCACAUGCCCAAAUUUUGCACCUUUGGAUGACUACAUUGGUUCGACAUUUCAGUUUUUAGCCUUUAAUCCUCCAAUUAUAUGGAUAUUCAAACUGUCCACAAAUAAAUGUCUCGAGGAAAAUUGUACUGUCUGGUGAAUUGUGUAGCUGAGUUGCAGAGUCUGCAGUGUGCAACACAUGUAUGCCAUGUAGUUGCUGUCUUCCAGCUGCACCUUGAAUAGCACUGUAUAAUGCUAAGCUCAUGGCUCCCUCAGAGGGGCUCUGCUUUUUCAGGUGCUUGCAAGUUCAUUCAUGGACAGUUGCAUAUUUACAGAAUUCAAAUGGAAAGCAUGUUUACUAAAAGGCCAUGUUUGUGUACUGACAAAAAUGGGGCCCAUUGCAUUUUGACAAUUUCAUUCGGCAUGUCCUGGGAAUGUUUCUUCUUCCAUGGUGAAGCAACAACUUGUACAUACAUGUAGAUACAAACUAACGUUUAUUGUAAUGUAGAAGUGCACUUUAGUGUGAGUUUUUUAUGCAUACAUACAUACAUUACACUAUAAAAUAAACAGUACAUACCAGAAAUGGUGUUACGUAUCACAGCUGUGUGAAAAACUGACAUCAAGAAAACAAGAACUAGACUAAUGUUUCAUCCCUGUAUGCAUCUGUAUUGACAGGCAUGCGUUCCAGUGCAUGAAACAUCGUACCAUCAGCAUUUCUGUAAGCCUCUUCAAGAUCAACAGCACUUAAAUAAAACUGGUACCAAAUAUCCUCA